AUGUCCUGGACUUAUGGUCGACUUCAGGUGAAAGCGAAACUACCAUUGGGUAGAGGUCUCUGGCCAGCGAUAUGGAUGCUACCUCGAACAAAAAUCUAUGGCAACGCAUAUUGGCCCGAUAAUGGAGAAAUCGAUGUAAUGGAACAGGUCGGCUACGAUCCAAANUUUUCUCAGGAAAUACCGAAAGAAGAACAAUUUUAA